AUCUUGUGACAGAGCGAGGCUGUCCAGACCCAAGAGGCGGCUGGAGGAAGCCAGACGGGCCAAGAAGCCGCCAGCAGCUCCAACCACCUUCUGCCCGAUGGCGGUGAGAGAGAGCCAGAUGCAGCCAAUGAAGAGGCCCCUCCUGGCGGCGCUCCUUCUGCUGUGCCUGAUGGGCAUCUUCCCAGCUGGCCCUCAGGUCUCCAGUUUCCCGGUCCAGAGAAGGGACCUCUUGCCCAUCAAAGAGUUCUCCCUUGACAUGGCCCCGAACUCUUUCGAUGACCAGUACAAGGGCUGCGUGGAGAUGAUGGAGGCCGAGCUGGAGGAGCUGAACCGCACGGAGUUUGCCACCAACCGCGUCUACGCCGAGGCCUGGGAAGAAGCCGCCUCCCGGUGGGAGGAGAGAAAAUCUUCCAUCCUGGUGCCCAGCGGGCUCAAGCCGGAGCACGCCAUUGCGAUCAUGGCCUACACCGUCCAAGGGGGAUUCCACAGGGACUUCAACAGGGCCGUGAGGGAAGCCGGGCGCACCAGAGACACGUACCUCAACGGCUUCCACUUCAAGACGUUUCACUUUCUCCUGACCAGAGCCCUCCACCUGCUCGGGACCACCUCCACUCCGAGGUGCCAGAAGGUGUAUCGGGGGGUCAGGAGCGUCCGCUUUGUCUCCGAACACCUCAAGCAUGUCCGUUUCGGACACUUCACGUCAUCAUCGCUGAAGAAUCAGAGCGCCUUGCAGUUUGGCACGGACACAUUCUUCACCAUCGAGACCUGCCACGGGGUCAACAUCAAGAACUUCUCUUUCUUCCCCGGGGAGGAGGAAGUUCUCAUCCCCCCCUUUGAGAAGUUCAAGGUGGCCAAUUUCACGAAGGCUCCAGAGACGACCUUCAUCCAGCUUGUCUCGGUGGAAGAUUCCAGCCUCUAUAACUGUGUGUUUGUGAAAGAGAAAAGGUGCAAGACUCAACGAUGCAAAUUCACUACAGGGGCCGGUCCGAGCCAUUUGUCGGCUACGAAACAGACGCCUUUCCUGCUCUGGGGAGCCCUCCUGGCAGUGGUGGCCUUCAACAGUCUAGGAGCGCCCUGACCUCCGCUCCCCAAGCUCCACCACUGAGAUGGGGUUAAGAGGAAGCCUCGGCACUGCCCUGAGAUAACACCGGCCAAGGAGGCAUUCUCUGCCCCAAAGCAUGCGUCUGGGGGCAGCCUCACGGCCUGUUUUUCUUACCCAUUUGCUGUUCAGUAGGAACUUAGGUGAACGCAUGUGUCUGUCUGUCUGUCUGUCUGUCUGUCUGUCUGUCUGUCUGUCUGUCUGUCUGUCUGUCUGUCUGUCUGUCUGUCCAGGAGUGGCACUCAGAGGAUCUACUGAUGAGGAAGGGAGAAAAAGGCAAAGAGAGCACUCCGCUGGCAUUUUAUGAAACAAAGGUUUUUGAGACCACAAAGUGCAAAACGGCAAAAGAUGUCAUCAUACAACGCUUGACAACCGUCCCGUUCACAGGACGGAAAGCCCUCAUCCACCCCAAGCAGACACCUUGUUUUCUUCUUAGAGAUUUUAUUUACAAGGGAAGGAACGAGGCACAAAGGCAGAGAAACGAAAAUGAGACUCCGAAGAAGAAACCUGCAAAAGUCUGAGGUGCGUGGCUGAUUUUAAAUCACAGCGCAGGACCCUAUCGAGACCGAAUGAGCCUUCCUUCGUUUCAAGGCCAGCACCAGCAGCUCUUCGUUUCUUCCAGGAUUUUGGACCUGCAAGAGGAAGACGGCAGCUUUGGGGAAACCCGGCACCAAGCGACAACGGAAAAGGGAGUGAAAGAAAGCUGGACAGCCGCUCUUGCCUGGAAAAAGCCCAGACCAAAGCAGGGAGGCUGUGGAAGUCGUUGGACACUUCCCGAUGUGGGCCAAGAGGCUCAACCUGGACCUGGCGAAGGGAAGGGAGCUGCUUCCAGUGGGCUCAGGGACCCACCUGGUGCCUGCCUGCCUGGCGCUGUCCUUGCCAUGGCAAGAGCUGUUUUUCUGCAGUUCAGCCCUGCCCCUGGGUCCAGCCGGGUUCCUUGAUGCCCCUCCUUUCUGCCUCAAGGGGUUCGUGGCCCCUGCGUCUCAAGGGAUGGGUCCCCCUCCCUCCCCUUCUGCAUGGCCACCUUCUGGGACCUUUCUAUGGGUCCCCAGAACCUUGCGUGACUCCCUUGGCAGGGAAUCGAGGGGCUGACUUUUUGUGCUGACUGUC